AUGAGGACCUCAGCCGCUGGUUUCCUCCUUGGGAGUCUGGUGUUGGCCUUUGGUCUGCCUUUGGUGGUGACUUCACCGAAAACACUGGCCAUCCCAAAGCAACUUCAGCAAGCCGUGGGGCGGGUUAUUGUCAGUGCCACCACCUGCACGGUCACCUGUGGCCUUGGCUAUAAGGAAGAGACGGUCUGCGAGGUGGGCCCUGAUGGCAUGAGAAGGAAGUGUGUGUCUCAGCGCGUGGAGUGUUUGAUGAACUGGAUCUGCGGGAUGCUCCACUUCACCGUCCACAGAGGGAAGGCGUUCGAGCUGAGCUGCCUGAGUUCAGACAUCCUGCAGGUGGGGAAGGAGGCUUUCCGGUUCACCUGGAGGCUGGCUCGCGGCAUCAUCUCAACUGACGAUGAAAUCUUCAGACCCUUCCGGGCCAACUCGCACUUGCUGAAGUUUGAGUCUAUUCAGGAGUAUGACUCUGGGACAUACCGGUGUGAUGUGCAGCUGUUAAGGAACUUGAAAUUUGUCAAGAGGCUCUAUUUCGGGCUGCGGGUCCUUCCCCCUCAGUUGGUGAACCUGGAUUUCCAUCAGUCCCUUACUGAGAAUCAGAAGUUAGUCGAUCAGGGCUUGGAAGUGAAUCUGGACAACAGUUCUAAGCCUCAGCACCCACUGUGGGAAGAGAAGGUGGCCAUAGCCUUGGGAAUAGGAAUCACCAGUGGAGUGGUAGGUGGCGUGUUGCUGGUCAUUGCCCUGGGCGGCGGGCUGAGGCUGAUGCAUGGCAGUGACGGCCUCGAGUCCUUCAAAGCCUUCCUCUGGAAAGGCUGGCUGUCCAGGAACCCAGACCAGAUUAGGAAGCCAGGCUAG